GCUGUCCUGUCUGUCGUGUCUGUCUGACCGGUGCGCGACAAGCAAGCAAUUUUUUAUCUUCUCAUCGCGUUUUCAUCGACCGUAUCAAACCGAGUGAAAAUUGUUCAAAAAUCAAGCAAACCUCAGUCGGAACCGUUCGAAAUUUAGUGGAAAAGAUUGCGCCCGCAGCUGUGCUCAUCUGAGAGGUUUUAUUUUCGUUUGCAUCUUCCGGAAAACAGCCGAAAAGGUCGUCAGAAUGGCGUCCUACCAAAUCGCCAAUUUGCUCGAGAAGAUGACGUCCAACGAUAAGGACUUCCGCUUCAUGGCCACCAACGAUCUGAUGACGGAACUGCAGAAAGACAGCAUCAAGCUGGAUGAUGAAUCGGAAAAGAAAGUCGUCCGUAUGGUGCUGCGUUUGCUGGAGGACAAGAACGGCGAAGUACAGAACUUGGCCGUAAAAUGUCUUGGACCACUGGUUAACAAAGUGAAGGAGAAUCAGGUGGAAACCAUUGUCGAUUCUCUUUGCGCCAAUAUGGUGUCGAACAACGAACAACUACGUGACAUUUCCAGUAUCGGACUGAAAACCGUCAUUUCGGAGCUCCCACAGUCGUCGAACUCUCUGGUACCGAACGUGUGCCAGCGCAUUACUGGCAAGUUGAGCAACGCCAUCGAGAAGGAAGACGUUUCCGUGCAGUUGGAAGCAUUGGAUAUUCUGUCGGAUUUGCUGUCCCGGUUCGGCGAUUUGUUGGUCCCGUUCCAUGACUUGAUACUGAAGGCACUGGUUCCUCAACUGGCAUCGGCUCGUCAAGCUGUGCGUAAACGUACGAUCGUGGCUUUGUCACAUCUCUUGACGACUUGUAACAACAAUUCGUACAAUAAGGUUAUUGAACACCUGUUGGACGGUUUGGAGAAACCGCAGGAUCAGAGUAUGGUGCGAACCUACAUCCAGUGUCUGGCCGCUAUAUGCCGCCAAGCUGGUCAUCGUUUGUGCAACCACAUCGAACGUGUAAUGUUUCUACUGAACCAGUAUAGCCAUCGGGAUGACGAUGAGCUUCGCGAGUUUUGCUUGCAGGCUUGCGAGGCUUUCGUUCAGCGUUGCCCGGAGGCAAUUAUGCCACAUAUUCCAUCGAUUGUUGAUCUGUGCUUGAAGUACAUUACCUACGAUCCCAACUACAAUUACGAAGCUGAUGAUGGUGAUGGUGGUGUUGCGAUGGACAUGGAGGACGAUGAAGACAUCGACAGCGAGGAGUACAGCGACGACGAUGACAUGAGCUGGAAAGUACGUCGUUCGGCGGCCAAGUGUUUGGAAUCUGUCAUUUCCACUAGACACGAACUGCUGGAAGACUUUUAUAAGACUCUUUCGCCGGCACUGAUUGCACGUUUCAAAGAACGCGAAGAAAAUGUGAAGUCGGACAUCUUCCACGCAUAUAUCGCCCUGCUGAAGUCAACGCGCCCAAUCGGUGAUGAUAUGGUACAUGAUCCGGAUUCCAUGGAACAGGUUCCCAGCUCUAUCAGCAUGCUGCAGGAUCAGGUACCGAUGAUUGUCAAAGCCGUGCAACCACUCAUGCGUGAAAAAUCAGUCAAAACCCGUCAGGAUUGUUUCCUGUUGCUUCGCGAGCUUUUGAAUGCAUUGCCGGGAGCGCUGUCCAAUCAUAUCGAUCAGCUAAUGAGUGGAAUCCACUACUCCCUGAACGACAAAAAUUCCACUUCCAAUAUGAAAAUUGAUGCAUUGGGAUUUGUCUACUGUAUGCUGGGCGGACACAACCCACAGGUGUUCCAUCCACAUAUCAAAACGCUGGUGCCCCUGGUUGAAACUGCUGUCUUCGAUCCGUUCUACAAAAUUGCAACCGAAGCUCUACUUGUGCUACAGCAGCUGGUUAAGGUCAUUCGUCCGCUGAACAUUCAGACAAACUUUGACUUUACCCCUUACGUGCAUCCCCUUUACUCGAGCACAUUGCAGAAGCUCCGUUCCCCGGAAGUGGACCAGGAAGUGAAAGAGCGAGCUAUCGCUUGUAUGGGCCAGAUAAUUGCCAACAUGGGAGAUGUGCUGCAGCAGGAACUUAACACCUGUUUGCCAUUGUUCAUGGAAAGACUGAGAAACGAAGUAACGCGGCUAAGUUCGGUGAAAGCAUUGACCAUGAUUGCUGCUUCGCCGUUGCGAGUAAACCUCAGCCCCAUAAUUGCCGAAGUCGUUCCUGUUCUAGGAUCGUUUCUACGAAAGAAUCAACGAGCACUCAAACUUAAUUCGCUCACCCUGCUAGACACAUUGGUCACCCACUAUCACCAGCUAAUCGACGACAUGUUGCUGCGCAACGCCGUCUCCGAAGUUCCUCCAUUGCUUUCGGAAUCGGACCUUCACGUCGCUCAGCUUUCGCUAGUGCUGCUGACUUCGGUAGCCCGGCAUCAACCGCAAGCUUUGAUUGGAGUACACGAGCAAAUACUGCCGGAGGUUAUGACUUUGGUCCGCUCACCGUUGUUGCAAGGAUCUGCCCUCAAUUGCACUUUGAACCUGUUCCAAGCAUUGGUACACGCUAAUCUACCGGGACUCAGCUACCGCCAUCUGUUGAACAUGCUGAUGUAUCCGCUCAACAACCAACAGCCAGGACAUCAGCUGCACAAGCAAGCAUAUCAUUCGCUUGCCAAGUGCAUAGCGGCACUGACGCUACAGGUGCCAAACGAGGCCGUGGCGGUUGCAAGGGAGUUUUUGCGUGAGAUUCAAAACCGGCGCAGUGAUGCGCAUUUGGUGUUCUAUCUUCUUACCAUUGGCGAGAUUGGAAGGCAUUUCAAUCUCAACUCGAUUGAUUCAUUGGCUCAAAUAAUACUCAACUGCUUCUCAGCGUCAUCCGAAGAUGUGAAAGGAGCAGCAUCCCACGCGCUGGGCGCUAUUGCUGUCGGUAAUUUGACUCAUUACCUGCCUUUCAUUUUGAACGAGAUCGAAGCUCAGCCGAAGAGACAAUACCUGCUGUUGCAUUCGUUGAAGGAAGUCAUUUCAUCGCUCUCCACAUCGAAGCAUGGCUUGGAACAGUUACUCCCAUCGGUUCCGUCCAUCUGGGCCGAAUUAUUCAAGCAUUGUGAGUGUUCGGAGGAAGGAUCCCGCAAUGUCGUGGCUGAGUGUUUGGGAAAACUGGUGCUGGUCAAUCCAGAAGAACUGCUUCCACAAUUGCAGAUGGCACUACGAAGCGAAAGCCAUCUGAUGCGCACGGCUGUGGUCUCGGCCAUCAAAUUCACCAUAUCUGACCAACCGCAAUCGAUUGACCCAUUGCUACGACAGUGUAUUGGACAGUUCCUGUUUGCACUGCAAGAUCCAGAGCCAGCAGUUCGUCGAGUGGCAUUGGUUGCAUUCAAUUCCGCUGUCCACAAUAAACCAAGUCUUGUGCGAGAAUUACUUCCGGAGUUGCUGCCACAGUUGUACUCUGAAACCAAGGUCAAGAAAGAUCUGAUUCGGGAAGUUGAGAUGGGACCUUUCAAGCACACCGUCGAUGAUGGUCUGGACAUUCGAAAAGCCGCAUUCGAAUGUAUGUAUACCUUGCUGGAACAGGGAUUGGAUCGCGUCGAUAUCAUGCAGUUCCUUGAGCACGUGCAAGCUGGACUUAAGGAUCACUAUGACAUCAAAAUGUUAACUUAUUUGAUGACAGCGCGUUUGGCCGUUCUUUGCCCUUCGGCCGUUUUGCAGAAACUCGAACAAUUUGUUGAUCCAUUGCGAGCCACAUGCACCCUGAAAGUGAAGGCCAAUUCGGUAAAGCAAGAAUAUGAAAAGCAAGAUGAACUGAAACGAUCAGCACUGCGAGCUGUCGCAGCUCUUCUCCAAAUUCCGAAAGCAGACAAAAAUCAACACCUGGCGGAAUUCCUGUCGCUGAUUCGCAGUUCCUCGGAGCUACAGCCCUUGUUUGAGUCCGUGCAGAAAGAUUCUUCCGUACUGACCAACAGCAAUGCCGACAGUCUUUCUAUGGACCAAAGCUAGGUGGAGCGUUGUGGUAGUGCGAUAGUUUCUGGCUACUGGUUCAAGAGACGGAAGGUAUGGUAAGUUACAGAACGCUACUGCUCAUGUGUUUAUAUCUUCGGGGUAAAAGAUCAUCAAAUGCGAAACUACAUAACACAAUGAACAUCUCACGUACGACUGUUGCAGCAAAACAAUGAAAUAAGAAAGAUUCGCGACAAAAAUGAAGGUCGCAUUCAAACGAAUGAUUGAUGCAUUUAGUUCUUAAUCGCAUUUCCGUGGGGAGUAAGCUCGGGUAACGACAAAUGGUUCGAUGCGCCCAUUUACCCAUGAUGGAAAUUAUUAUUGACAUGGCAAUUUCACGAUCAGAUGGGAACAUCUAAUAACAUAAAUAUUUUACUUCGUUUUCUGAAAUCUUUAAAACCAUGCUGAAUUCUAUCAGAUAUAGUUACAAUAAACCCACUGAUACAAUUUA